AGCAAAACAAAAUGCCAACAAAAACAAACGCGGGUGGCUACAGAGGCGGCGGCACUGCCGUUUCCGCUUCAUUUCCAGCACGUGAAUCAGUUAACAACCCCCGAGACUCCGAGCCAAAUCCGAACGAGAAGCCAGAGCUGGUGUGUUUUGACGCAGCUGUCAUGGCAACAGCUGAGCCCAAGCAAAUCGAACUUGGAUAAUGAAAAAACGCAACAAACCGCCAAAUCGCACGCAAGCUGAACGGGACGCGGAUCGGAAUUAGGCAUGAGCCAGCAUGGAGAUACCAGAGACUGUAUCUGUGCGAAAGUUCCGCGAGUUCACCCCGCGACAAAAGCAUGAGCUGUAUGAGACGCUGCUGGAGCUGACGGACUCGAUCGAGGAGCUCCCCAAGAAGUCGCUGCGCAAGACGCUGGAGCUGACGCUGGCCGUGUUGGAGUACAAGGGACAGUUGGCGCAGAAGUUUGAGCAGAGCGACGAGAAGCGCCUGCAGGAUGAGAACGAGAAGCUGAAGCGCAUGGUGCAGAAGCUGGAGAACGAACGCGACGGACUGAAGAUCAAGAACAAGGAGCUGGCUGCGGAGCUCAAGCAACAGCAGGAGCAGCUGAGGCAGGCGGCACAGCAGGCGGACGCCAGCGACAAGGACUCGUCGGAUCCACUUUCCGAGCUGGACAAGCAGGAGCACCUGCUGCACAACAUCGAGACGAAGAACAAGCAUAUCAAAAGGCUUCUACGCGAAAUCGACACACUGCAGAACCAGAACAUCGCGCAGUCCAAGACCAUUGUGCUGCACGAGCAGGAGCUGCAGCAGAUAAGGGCCAGCCUGCAGCAGCUCUCGCAGGACAUCACGAAGGUCGAGCAGGAGCGCAAGUCGCUUAUGCAGCGCGAGCAGCAGCAGAGCCUGGAAAUCGCACGUCUCGAGGGCAACGUCACUUUCCUCGAGGAGGAGCGCGAGAAACAGGAUCUGGAAAUGCGUCAGUUCCUGGAUAAGUAUGAAAAUCAAGUGGUCAGCUGGAGGCAGCAGCUAGACAAAAAGGACAAAGAACUGGAACAGAUGCGCAAGAAGUUAGAGCAGACGACCUCAGGGCAGAGCACAUCGGACUCCACGCCCAGCAGUAAGCAGAGCCCCCGCGAGGAGGAAACUCAUCUACGACAUCUGCUGGAAUUACGCGAGCAACGGAUCGAAUCUCUGGAAGGCAAACUGAAAUCGAUGUCGGAUGAGAUGGUCAGCUCCACGAAGGUUAUGAAUCAGCUGCGCGAGCAACACGAGGGCAAGAAGAAUCCCCAGCAGCCAAACGCCUGCUGCAAGCUGAUCGAGGAGCGCCUUCGCGCCGCCAAUGCACGCUCGAAGCAGCUCUCAGAGCUGCUCGACAGCACCGAGCAGGACAACGUGCUCAAGGCUAAGCAGGCGCUGCACGCUCUGAGCGCUCUGGAGGCCUAUAAACGUGGAGAGGAUGGCCUCGUGCCGGCAUUGCGCCGCUGCUCGGAGCUCGAGCAGAAGCUCGCGGAGCGGGACAAGCGGCUGCGCAACUACACCCAGGAGCUGAACGCCAUGCACGAGCUGGAGCAGGAGAACUCCGUGCUGCGUCGACGGCUCAACAUACCCGACGACGUGGUUGUCCUCUCCAAGCAAGUGCGUGCCAAGCAGCGCAACAAGGACAAGCAAAUCGAGAGGCUAACGCUGAAGCUGCGCACUUCCGAGGAGCUGCGUCUGCAGCUGAAGCUAGACAAGUGUGAGCUGAGGCGCAAGCUGCUCGAGCUGCAGAACGGUCAGCCCCAGACUAUGGAUGACUCUUUGCAUCAACCCAGUGAAGUUGGUGAACUGCCCCCGAGUGCUCCGCUGGAAAGCUCACCACGGCGCGGACAAGGCGACGGCGCUGCCAGCUCCGAGCUGCAGACCAAAUACGAGGAUGUACUCGCUGAGAACGAGACUCUGCGCAUGGGCAUGUAUGAGAUUUUGGAGAAGCUGCGGGAAUACGACGCUACCUCGGAGCACAUCACUAUAGACUCCGAGCUGCUGCGGCGUCUCAUCGAGGCGCUGCCCAGCGGAGCCGGUGUUCCGCAUCUGCACAGUCAGUUGCAGGAGCUGAAAGCGCGCGAGGAGGCUCUGUGCCAGCUCCUGCAUAACAAUGUCAGUGAUUCGGAAACGGGCGAGUUGUCGUCGGUGCAGAGCAUGCGGGAUGUGUCGGAUAUGAACGAGGAGCAGACAAGUUUCGUGGGCAUUGAUUCGGCCACGCGACCAACCACACCGACUGACGCAACCGAGGGAUUGCAGCUGCCCGUCAUCAUUGAACAGGAGCUGGAGCCGGAAGCGAAAGCAGAAGCGGAAUCGGAGACGGAGCCUGAGCAGCCCAGGCCUGGAACAGCAGAACUGGUGGAGCUGACAAUCAUUCGCAAGCAUUAUGAUGAGUUGCGCCUGCACUUGGCCUCGGAUGGCAACGAGCUGAUGCGCUACACCCAAGAGCUCCACGAGCAGCUGAUUGCCUUGGAGAAGCAGCUGCAGCAGCAGAAGAGCUCCUAUGCCUACAUGCGCGAGGAUUACGAUCAACUGCUGACGGCCCAGAAGCGACAGGAGCUACGCCACAUUGAGAACUCGGCAAAUCUGCAAAAUCAACUGGAGCAGCUCAAGACGGAGCUGGCUGCCAAAAGCGAUCAGCUGGCCACAGUGCAGCGCACGCACCUCUGCACGGCGGAAGAGCGACUCCAGCUAGAGCAGCGCAUUGCCACGCUCAGCAUGCAGCUGGCGCAGGCCACGGAUCAACUGAUGGGCGAGUUGAAGAUUGAGGAAGUCUCUGCGGAUUACGGCAUCGUCGACGAGAAUUACCAGCUGGAUUAUAUAACGGCCGCGGAGUUCGAGAAGCAGCGACUCACCCUAGACACGUGGGCGACCCAGCAGGCGGAGCUGCAGCGCGAGAAGAAACAACUCGAGGGCCUCCUGCAGGUGGCCAACGGCCAGAUACAAUCGCAGCAGAAGCUGCUCAACGAGAUCACCGAUAAUCAUAUCAGCCUGCGUCAUCUCGUGGCGGAUCUGCAGAGCAGUUCCACUGACAAGCUGUUGCUGGCCAAGAUGCAACGCGAUUUGGACAUAGCCAAGGCAGACACUGCGCGCUUGGACCUGGAGCGCAAGCGUUUGCAGCAGGACGUGGAUAAUCUGAGUACCCAGCUGCAGGCAGCGGAACGUCUGGCCAGCCAGAUGCAACAGGACUUCCAACUGGAGCGAAACAAUAGCCACAUCAAACAGAAAUUUCUGCAGCGUUCGCUGUUUUCACUCAAGGAGAAAUACGCCAAAUUUACACCCCUGAUCUUCCUCAACAAUUUUGUGUUCUCUUACCAACAACUAAAUCAACGACUGAUGGAGCAGCAGCAGGUGGAGCAAUCUGGGGAGAACACAGCGCUCGUCGAGCACGUGAUGCAAGUGGUGCAGGCGAAACUGGCGCCCAACGAGGAGAAUUCACAGCAGUUGAUCAAGCUCAUCAAGUCGGAGACGCAGUCCCGGCUGCUGGAGCAGCGCUGCGAGAGUCUGCAGGCCAGGCAGUCCGAGCUUCAACAGGAGUUGAGUGAGUUGCGCUUGCAGCAUGCUGCAGAGUCGGAGCAUUGGCAGACGAUCGAGGCGCUGUUUGCGGAGCCAAAGGGCGAGCGCGAGGCAUCCACUCUCGUGGAUGUGGCCACCAAUACGGAGGCGGCACCACCAGUGCCCGCCUUGCGCCGAGCGGCGCAGCUCAUCGACAGACAGUCGUCCCCCAUUGGGUCGCCGAAGAGGCGGCUAUCGAACCACGACACCACAACCCAGACCGAACGCACCACAAAGCAGCUGCUGGAGACAGCUGUUCAAACCAAUGGCUGCAGGCCGCGCCAGAAGCAACAGCAGCAGCAUCAAGCCGUGCAAACGGCGCAGGAUGAGGAGCUGCUGCAAGUGCGGGCAGAGCUACUGGCAGCAAACAAACGCGUGGAGCAGCUGGGCCAGCAGCUGGAGUCGACCAACUGCCGCAGAGAGUCGGAUAGUCAGCACAGCGGCAUCGUGGAGAAGACCAUUCUGUCGUUCCACACUUUGCUGAUGGAGAAAGAUCAGUCCAUUCAAAAGUACCAGGAUCUGCUGCAAACGGAAAGGGAACAAGGUCAGCAGCUGGCCACGAAGCUAACGGCCGAGAAUGAGACGCUCAAGGCCACGGUUACAAAUUUGAAUUUCAACAUUAAGACCAAGGAUCUGGAAGUCCUGGAGCUGAAGGCCAAAUUGGAGCUGCACAAGCCGCCAGCCCAUGCCAAUGUUCAGGCAAAUGAGACUUCGCUUGAUCUGACGGAUGAGAGAAUUGAGGAAAUGUUUGCGCGCAGCUCCGUGGAUAGAGGCACCCACCAACAGGAACAUUCAGAGGAGGACGUAGAUGCGGGAGUUGGCGACGAAGCGGCCGGAGAGCGGGAGAAACAGGACACCGAAGAGCUGAAAGAACUGCCCACACUGCACAAGCAAAUCAAGGAGCUCAAGGACAAACUGAGCUACUACGAGCACAAUCUGGUGACGCGUGAGGAGGAGGUGGAGAUACUGAGGGAGAAACUGAAGCUCUGCCAGGAUCGGGAGAAGUGUAUGGAUAGCAGCAACAGUCCCGAGCUGGAGCAAAUGCGCGUCUUCCUAGAGGAAAAGGACAAACACAUUCGUGACCUCAUGGACACCCUGAAAAACUUCCAUGAUGACCAGCAGCGCUACAUUAACGACACUUCCAACUAUUCGGCUGAGCAGAUUGCUAAGCUAGCCGCCGACCUGAAUCGCACCGAGGCCACCAACAAGAUCUACCACACCCAAAUGGAGGCUCUGCGUCGCCAGCUGGCCAAUGUCACGCAGCGCGAGAAGCAGGCGCGCGACUUGAGUCAGUCGCUUCGCCAGCAGCUGCUCAAGCGUCCGGUGGUGUCAAUCAAGACGGAACUGAAUGCUCGCGUGAAAAACGAGAAUCUGCAGAAGCGGAUUCAGCAGCUCGAGCUGGAGCUGGAUGAGUCGCGGGCGCAGCUGCAGCGCCAGCAGACGCUUCUGGAGGCCAAGCGCACGCGCAGCGCUAACGAGGUGGGUCUCUGGGAGAAGCAGAAGCGAUGGCAGCAACAGGCCGACAAGUUCAAAAGCAAGCUGGAGGAGACGGAGCUGGCGCUGGACAAGACGCGCACACUGCUCCAGGCGGCACGCACGACAAUCGCUCGACUCGAGAAAGACAAGCAUUUGCUCGAGUCGAAGGUAGGCAAGGCGGGAGCAGGGGGAGCCACUGCGGCGACCACAGCAACUGGUGCAGGCGGUCAUAACGCUUUGAAGUGUUGUCGCGCUCCGUCCUGCCCAAAUCUGCAUCAUGUGGGCGCCGCAAAGUUCACACCCUCGCCGUCGGAGAGUCCAGAAACGUACACAGGGCCCAGCAGUGAGUGCAGCUCGCCGGCUCACAACCAAUCCCACCCGAACUCCACACACCACAGCUUCUAUGAGCAAGGACAAACGGAAUUGAUAGAGGCCCUCAAGGCUCGGAUCGAGAUGCAGCAGCGGAAGAUCAUUGCCAUGGAACUGGAGGGGCGUGGCAGCAAUGCGUUGACAACCGAACUGGAGAAGCUGCAGGAACGCUUCCAGGCGGUCGAGGCGCAAAACAUUCGCCUCGAAGCGCGCAAUUUACAAUUGCAGCUGGAUUCGGAUCUGUUGCGACAAGGCGAUAGAAGCGAUCGCUUACAAAAGCGCAUCAAACAUCUGGAAGACUAUAUCCUUGCACUCAAGGAGGAAAUGGCGCGCAACGAGUCACGUCGAGACUUGUGCAAAUGCAGCGGAUUGAAGGUCAACACUAAUCACGGUCAGUCCGCUGAACAUACAAUUCUUUCGCUGCGUAACUUGGUGGAAAAGCUGCGUUCAGAGAACAAGUUCCUCAAAGAUGGCCGCACCUCCAUGGAGUCGCGUGGUUCCACUGACUCACUGUCUGCAUCCGCGGAACUGGCUCGGCUCCAGCAGAUGCAUGCGGAUGCUUUGGAGAAAAUCAGUGCACUGCAGCAAGAGGUUGGACAGCGCAGCACUGAUGGAAAGGAUGAGGAACUAAAGUACAUUAAGGAACAGCUCAUGAAGAAGACACAACUGCUGCAAAAGGCAAAAGUUCUGCUGACGCGCGCUGCGGCCAAGGAGAAGGUGCUGAGAGAACAGAUCGCAGUAUGGAAGCGCAAAUGCUCUGAGCUACAGAAUGUGCCCGUUAUCGAAGAAAUUAGCGAGUAGAUUUUGUUUAAACUAAAAUUUGUAAAAAAAAAACUGAACGAAAGCGCGGUAAAGGCUAGUAAAAACGUUUCAAAAUCAUACAAUUCCUCUUUCAUGGCGUUGCCAUACUGAGAAACAUAAGUUAUUUGAGGCUAAGCUGUGACGUCACACGACAUCACAGUGGUUACAUUAGCUAAUCGAUUAACUGUAAGCCGGUACACGUUAUAAAAUUCAUAUUCCUCUGGUGUUGCCGGACCGCGAAUUUCAACAAUUUGACGUCAGUCGACGCACUUUUGCUCUUAGUUCACAUCAUUCAACUAAGAUUACCUAAUUUACUUUGUAUACCAUUGUAAUUGGACGCGGCACAAAAGAACGAAGAUUGUAUUCAUAAAUGUGGACUUCGCUCUACGCUGCGAU